UUUCUCACUGCCUUUGCUUGGGAAUGUCAUUUCGGAGAUAAACGGGAGCGGGAAUAUCCUAUAGAGGAGCGUUGCUUUAGUAAGCCAGACGUUUCAAUUUUGCGUCCUUUGCGAUAGUAGAACAUCAGCAUUGGGAAAUAUGCGCCUGUCCACACGAAACCGCCACGAGUAAACGGUUCCUACGGAAACCUGGGGUUUAGUUACCCUGCUGAAGGGAAUAGAGAACUUUUCCCUCUUUAUAUGAGGUUUUGGAUUAUUUAGACGGGAAAAAGAAUCAUGGUCCGACAAACGCUGGAUACAAUUUGGGAUUUUUAAGGUCACAGAGCGUUUAGAGCAGCAUCGGUAUUUUAGGAGGACUAAGCAGAAUACAGUCAUUUGGAGGGAACAUAUGACAGCACGAACAGCACACUUUAACGCACGCGGACUCUCUAUCAGAAACAGAAACAUGUAUAUCUAUAUCUACGGCUUUCUGCUCUUUUUAGAUGAGCUUGUGUUCUCCAUGUCGGGCUCUUCCUCUCUCUCUGAGUCUGGGCACCAAGACUCAAUGGACUGUUUAAGAGCCACCGAGAAUUGUAACCAGGACCAAAAGUGCAGCCAUCGCUUCAGGAUCAUGAGGCAGUGUCUGGCAGGCAAGGACAGGAACACCAUGUUGACCAAUAAGGAUUGCCAGGUAGCCCAGGAAGUGUUGAAGGAGAUGGCUCUGUUCGACUGCCGCUGCAAGAGGGGAAUGAAGAAAGAAAUGCAGUGUCUGCAGAGUUACUGGAGCAUCAACAAAGGCCAGACUGAAGGUGAGGACUUUUAUGAGCCAUCUCCUUACGAACCCAUGACGCCUCACCGACAUUCAGAUGCAUUUCGCCUGGCAUCAAUCAUCUCAGGCAUACAGUCUGGCACAAGUAAAGGCCAGCCACACUGCUCAGAUCCUAGCCGCCCAUGCAACCCCUGUCUGGACGCCACCAAAGCCUGCAACCUGAAUGAAAACUGCAAGCGUCAGCGUUCCAACUACAUUUCCACCUGCACCCGUGUGCAGACACAGGGCCAGCAACCCUCACAGCCUCAGUCGCAGGACAGCUGCAACAGAAAGCGCUGCCAUAAGGCCUUGCGUCUGUUCUUUGAGCGUGUUGACACACAAUACAGCUACGGGUUGCUCUUCUGCUCCUGUAAGGACCAGGCCUGUGCUGAGAGGAGGAGACAGACCAUUGUACCCUCCUGUUCCUAUCAGGACAAGACCAAACCCAACUGUCUUCAGCUGCGCAACACCUGCCGCCUGGAUGUGCAGUGCAGGUCACGACUGGCUGAUUUCCACACAAACUGUCAGAUGACCCCUCACUCCAUCAGCAGCUGCCUCAACGAUGACUAUCAGGCCUGCCUUACAUCUUACACCAGACUCAUUGGUACAGAUAUGACUUCUAACUACAUGGACUCAGGUCACUCAAACUUCACCAUCUCCCCCUGGUGUACCUGUAGAGGCAGCGGGAAUCAGGAGGAAGAGUGUGAGAAAUUUCUGCAGGACUUCAGAGAAAACAACUGUCUCCGGUUGUAUGUAGCGGUGCAAGGCUACACAUCAGUGUCUUCCUGUGCGUUUCUGUGUAAACAAUCAGGACAAGUGUGA